AAUACCAGGUGUAUAGUGGGAAGAAAAAGGAGGAAGAAGUAAGAAGGUGGGACCCAACAAACCCAUCCCCCUUUGUGCGAUUCUGACGGUGAGCGUGUGUCGUGUACACAGAAAGCCAUCGAGUGAACGAAUGGCACUGGCCUUAGCUUUGGCAUGGCCUUCAUUCCAAUUCCCUCUUCCUCUUUCUCUUUCAAAUCUUCAUCAUCACUCUCACUCUCACUUUCACUCUUCAUCUUCGUCUUCAUAUUCAAACUAAACCUACCCUCUCUCAUAACCACCACCACCACUUCAAACCCUCCACGCAGAUCAACCCUCACUGUUCAAUCAUCAUCUUGCUCCAAUGGAGGAAGAGAUGAAGGAAUCGUCAACUACCACUGCAUCUUCCCCAACACCCCAUCCCUCUCAAUCCCAACCCUCUCCCUCUUCCUCCUCCUCCAUUUCUACAUCCUCAUCCAAACCGCCCAGCACCACUUCUCCCUCAUCACCACAAAACUCGCCUCUCACCUCAACCUCUCCCCUAGCAUGGCCGCCGUCACACUCCUCUCCCUCGGCAACGGCUCCCCCGACGUCUUCUCCUCCCUCGCCGCCCUCCGCGCCGGACAAUACCGCACCGGCUUCGGCGCCAUACUCUCCGCCGGCGCGUUCGUCUCCGCUCUCGUCGUCGGCUUCGUCGCCAUCUACGCCGCUCCGUUUUCCCUCGAUCCUGCUCCGUUUAUCCGGGAUCUGCUGUUCUACCUAACCGCCGCGUUGUUCCUCUUCUACGUGUAUCUCAGUGCGGAGAUUUUCCUCUGGCAAGCCGUUGGAUUCGUCGCGUUCUACCUCUUUUUCGUUGGUUUUGUGUUCUACAUGGAUCUAGGGAUUGUAGAUCGCAAAGAGAGGAGUUCUUCCGAUCUCGAGGGACAACGGCAAUUGGAUUACGACUACAACGCUUCAGAAUCUCCCCCGGAGGUGAAACGCGCUUCUGGAUUUCACUCACCUUUUCAUUUGAUUUCUAAAAUAUGGGGGCUUCCUGUCUCAACUCUCUUAAGAUUGACAAUCCCUCAACCAGCACCAUCGCAAUGGAGCAGAUUUUAUGCAUCAGCCAAUAUCGCUCUUUGUCCACUAGCCCUCUUGUAUGCCUGCAACUCAUUCGUCCCAUUGAAUCAUCCCAUAGUUUUCCUCCUCCCCAACACUCAUUUACCCCUCUGGUCAGUAGUGCUCGUAACAAGCUUCCCUCUUGCAUUUCUCCAUUUUGUGAUGGAAAAAGAACCCCCAAAAACUGAGCAUUUACCAGUGGUGAUCAUAGCAUUUGUUAUGAGCGUGUUUUGGAUAUCUACUACAGCUGGAGAGCUGGUGAACUGCCUUGAAGCUCUAGGUACGCGUCUCAAACUGCCACCAUCACUCCUAGGUCUUACGGUGCUGGCAUGGGGAAAUUCAGUGGGGGAUCUUGUUGCUGAUGUUGCAGUUGCUAAAGCAGGUCAUCCAGCUAUGGCAAUGGCCGGUUGCUUUGCCGGACCAAUGUUUAACAUGCUUGUUGGUCUUGGAACUGCUUUGGUCAUACAGACGGUCAAUAUAUAUCCUAGAGCGUAUGAGCUUAGUUUCCACGUUGGUAUAGUCAUUGCAUUUGUUUUUCUGCUUUUGAGCCUCAUGGGGUCUCUCUUGGUGAUCACUUGGUGCAGAUUCAGAGUGCCUAGGUUUUGGGGUUUCUGUCUGGUAGGGCUCUAUAUUGCUUUUACAGCAGUGAGUUUGAUAGUAGCAAUGUUUUCAGGGUGAUUGAUCUUAGGUAGAUUUGUAACCCAUAUUCAUAAACAAACCCAACCAUAAGUUAUCCAAAUAGCCGAAGAGUUCAACAAGUAUAGUAAAAGGGUGAGUAGAGACUAAUCAUAUAUUUGACUUUCUUUCGGUGUCUACUUAGGUUUAGGGUAGAUAAAAAAUUUUAGUUGGGUCCAGGUCACAUUAAUUAUAAUCUGUAUUUAGUAUUUACAAUUCAAUGCAAUCCAGAAUCGUCCCAAUGCUUACCCAUUGCUGGCUGUC